CGAUCAAACGCAGCCCACGUGGUACGCUGCCGGUUUUGCACCACUACAGAGAGGAGAGCAUUGCUGUACGCAAGUCUGAUCCGCUUUGCAAACGAGAAAAGAAACGCAUCGCUGCAAUCAAUAACAAGCAACCAUGCCCAAAGCCCUCGUCGUUUUUGGCAGCGAGUCCGGCACGGCCGAGAAAGCUAUUAAGGAACUCGCGGCGCAGUGGAAGGCCGCGGGCGCCUGGACCGUCGUGGAUGUCAUCGACGGCAACGCCGCCGCGAAGCAGGGCCUGGAAACGCUCGCGACGAGCCACGACGCGAUCAUCAUCGCGACGUCGUCGUUUCGCCAGGGCGACGCGCCGUACAACUACGACGAUUUUCUCGGGGCGCUGUAUCGGGCGACCUUCAAAGCCGAGUCGCCGUUCCAGGGGUGCCAGCACGCCGUGUUGGGCUUCGGCGACUCGCAUUUUGAUACCUACAUGAACUGCCCGCGCUUGACGGAUUCGCUGCUGGAGAAGUGCGGGAGCCGGCGCAUGGUGAAACGGGCGGAGAUCGAUGUCCGGGAGAAGGAGCGAGGCGUCAAGGACAUGGCGACCUGGGCAGCAGCCGUGGACGCCGCCCUGAAAAACCUGCCGGACCCCUCGUCGAAACCCGCGUGCAUCUGGGACGAGAACACGUCGACCUACGACAAGUCCCUCGAGUAUGAUGAUGACGAGGAGGAGGUCGCGGUACAGUCGGGGUCGUCGCUCUAUUUCUACGGGUCGGUCGUCGCGGCCGCCGCGGCGCUCUACUACCUCCUCUUCGCAUAAUUAUUAACAAC